CAGGGAGGUGACAGCAGGGGCUGGGGCAGGGGAAGCUGCAGUGGGAGAUCCGUUGCUAGGGGAGGAUGGAUGUGCUUGUUUACGUGCAUCUUUGAACCUUAGAGUUAAACAACAAAGUUCUAAACACCCUGAAAGAGCAGAGACCUCAGAACAGGUUGUUUGGGUAUUGCUGACCCAUGAAUGGGGCUAGCAUGAGAGGGAGGAAGGGAUGGCCAGGGGUGAUGGUGGAUGGAGCACACCAUAGGAUGAGUGCUGAGCCCCCCUUGGUCAGAUCCCAUGUCUACCUGAGGUGUGCCAGCCUGCUGCCCUUGGCAUGCUCCUGUACAGUUCUGACCCUGGAGAGGUACGUUCAGCGGGGACUUAAAUGUCAGUGUCAACAUGGGGUCCCUGCCCUGAGCUCUCUGGACACACCACUGACUCUGUGUCCUCUCCUUUGCAGGUGCUGAAGGGGCUUGGUAGCCUCCCAGUGGAGCUGUGGCAGCUCAUCUUAGCCUACCUAUGCCUCCCUGACCUGGACUGCUGCAGCUUGGUCUGCAUGGCCUGGUAUGAGCUCGUCCUGAGCCUGGACAAAAGGAGGCGGCUCUGCCUCGGCUUCCUUGAGCACAGAUACCCCAACUGGCCUAACCAGCCUGUGGAGCCACAGUACUGGAGAGAGGCCUUCAAACACCACUACCUGACCUCCAAAACCUGAACCAAAACCAUGCAGGAUAUGCAGUCCUCCAGCUGCAUCUCUCUCUUCCAGAGGAGGAAGGGCUGGUGCCAGCUCUGUGUUAGCACAGGGGCUGAGUUCAGCAGGUGCCAGCCAGUCCUUGGCACUGCCAGCCCCUACAAAUGCCUUGUGCUGCUGCCUGGUGCACAUGAGGAGUAGAGCAAGGUGCUGCUGAAGGUGCCUGUGGAGGCUGUGGGGCAGGCCAAACUGGGGGAUGUGGCACUGCUGGCAAGCAUUGACCAGCACUGUCCCACUGCUCGCUUCCACAAUGUGGUCUAUAUGCUGUCCCACUUUUCCUAGGUGCUCUACGAGAUGAGGCUCGGCUAUGUCCAGUUAGACAGUUGCAACUUUGAAAGUGGGCAGCUGCAAAUCCAUGCACCAGGGAUGUGCCAAGUGAAGUUUUGCACAUUCAGCCAGUCCAGCAUCUACCUCCACAGCAAGCCUCUCUGCAUCCUGAAGAGCUGUGAGUUCACCAGCAGUGGGAAUGCCUCUGUAACUGUGGAGGGCUGCCCAAGCUCUGACUGUAACUGAGCCUGCAAGCACCUGGCCAUGCUGGCCAAUCCCAGUCAGUGUCCAUACGGGAGCCUGACCCAGCUGGCUGCCCUUUGGCCAAGUGGGAUGUCUGGGGGAGAAUCACUGCUGGGGCCAGUGAGAACAUGGGAGAUUGUUGUAGGGUAAGGACAAAGCAGCUUCUUCUCCACUGUGGGUGCUCACGCCCUGCUCGGCUCAGCCCAGGAAGGCACUGGAUUCAGAGACAACCUGCAGGCAGCAAAGGAGGAGGAAUCCCCAGCCCUCAACCCAAACUCUAGUGACAGUGACUUAAACAGUGACAGUGCAGAGAAUGCUCAGGCUGCCUACAAACUGCCCUCUCAAGCUCACAGUCUGAGUGACACAACUGCUAAUGUUAUGGACAGCAGGCUUCAAAGCAACAGACUGCACACCCUUCAGAGGGACCUUAAACCCAAGUCUCUGCAGCAGGAGCUGCAGCAGGACGAGGCCCAGUUUUUGGCCAGCUCUCUGCAAGGCUGCAUCAUCUGACAGUGCUUUUUUAGGGAUGGGAAGGGAGGACUAUUCAUUUAUUCACAAGGCCAAGCAAAACGGGAAGGAAGCAUCUUCACGGAUGCUACGCAUACAGAACAGAAAGGUGCUGUGAAGACUGCUCAGAGCAGCAGCUUGAAGCGCAGCACCCAGACCUACACCCCCAGCCAGCAACAUGGGAACCUUGCUGCUGGAAUAGCAGUGAAUGAUAACAGCUGCUUGGGCAGCGUGGUGAUGGGCGAGUGUGGGAAGGGCCUCAUUGAAGGGAACACCGUUUAUGGCAACAAGGGCCGUGGCAUGUGGAUGAUGUCCUUCAGCCUCCCACACCUCAUCAGCCACCAGAUCAGCCACAACAGUGUCUAUGGGGUGGCGGUGUUCUGCCACAAGGAUGCCGGUUACUAUCCCCGGGGUCAGGGGUGCUACAAGAGUUUACAGGAGGAAAGGGAGGGUGCUGCUGGGGAGAAUGACCCUGACAGUGAGGAGUACCCAGCUGUCCACCAUCCCAUCAACGUGGCACUGGUGGAGUUGAACAGCAUCGACUACAAUGGAGCUGCUGGCUUUCAUGUCAAGAGCAGCAAAGUGCUCAAUGUCAUCACCAAUGUCAUUCAUGCCAGCUGUGAUGGCAGGGUGGUGGUGGUGCAGGGCAGCCAGCUGAUAUGGGUUGCCAGCAACAGCAUUUCCUAUAACAGCUGGGGAGGCACGUUGGUGGAGCCUGAGUGCUAGGUGGAUAUAUGUGGAAAUGGCAUCUACAAGAACUGCAGCCACAGCAUUGUCUCCAGGGGAGAGGGCAUCAUCACAGAGAAUGACAUCACUGGCAACCACCAGUGUGGUGUUCAGCUGCUCCAGGCAGCAGAUAUGAAAGUACAUCCUGUAGAUUGCUGA